GAGAAACUUAACGAAAAUGGCAGAAAAGUGAAGAAAAAUUUUGUGCAUAUUGGAAUUUGUGUAAUUUAAAUUAAUUUCCCGGAGAAAUUUGAUAAAAUGAGUGAAGAAAAAGAUAAAAUGGUAACUGAGGAACCAUCUGGCGAAGGAAGCAGCAAGAAUGUUUCCUAUGAUUGGCAAGUAAACAAGCAUGAGAUGAAGAUGAGGGGCCAGCAUUUGCUGGAAACUGGUCUCUGGGCAGACUGUCACUUCCUCCUGGGUGCUCCGCCCCAUCAGGAAAUCAUACCAGGUCAUAAAUUGAUCCUGGCUAUGGCUUCGCCUGUGUUUGAGGCAAUGUUCUUUGGUGGCUUGGCUGAGAAGAGUGACCCAAUUCCCAUUUGCGAUGUCCAGCCGGAAGCCUUCAAGGCCCUUCUGGAGUACAUCUACAUGGACUCCAUUAAGAUAAAUACGGUGGAUAAGGCUUGUGAGCUCUGCUAUGCCGCCAAGAAGUACAUGCUGCCGUAUGUAGUGGAGCAGUGCACAAGAUUCCUCUGGGCAGAUCUGAAGCCCAGUAAUGUAUGCCGGGCUUAUGAAUUUGCCCGACUCUUUGAGGAGCAUCGCCUCAUGAUGACGUGUAUAGAGAUGAUAUGCACCCGAACGAUGGAAGUCAUCAAGGAUACGAGCUUUGAGGAAGUGGAAAUAUCAACAAUUCACACGAUCCUGGACCAGGAAUUUCUCAGUGUGGACAGUGAAUUGUCCCUCUACUUUGCUCUCAGUCGAUACAGUGAGAAACACACAGCUCAGGGGGAGAGUUCUAGCUCUAGAGCCACUCCAGAAUCAUCUUCCGGAGGAUCUGCAAAUGUGCGCACAUUUGACAUCCGGGAAGCACUCAAGAAGAUCCGUUUUCUCACCCUAACCCCUCAGCAAUUUGCUGAAGGACCGGGAAGAUCAACCCUACUCACACAGACCGAAGCAUUUGCCAUCCUGAUGAACAUCUCCAGUCCCAAUUCCGUCUGCCCAAUGCCUGAAGGCUUCUCGACCAGUCGCGUCUCGCGGAUUCAGAAUGUGGUCGUGGAGUCACCAUCCCCUCAAGAUGGCUCAGAAUCCCCCAAUAGGAUCAUCCCUGGGAACAGUCCGAUGGUGGAUGAGAUGCACGAUGUCAGGAACAUGAUGGAUUCACAGAGAUACUACUGCGUACGUUCAAUCCGGCAGCAGACAGACUAUCUCAAUACCAGUGUCCUGGACUGCUCCGUCACCUUCUCCGUCAACAGAUGCAUCUGCAUCACGGGCGUCCAGGUUCCCACGCAAGUUCUCGGCGAGUCCAAUAUGCAGCGAUAUCAUGAUGGAAGUCUCCCGGAGCGGUACUCAGAACUCCUCUACGCCCAUCUCCUGGACAGCCGAGGAUCCCGUCUCACGUACACUCACUGCACGUCCAAGGUGCGCUUCGACAGUAUGCUGGAGAUCUCCUUCGACCGGCCAGUUUUCAUUCAGCGCUACAAACGCUACAAAAUCGGCAUCGUCUUCAACAAAGUUGGUUGGUAUCCGAUGGCCGAAUGCUUGCCCAAGAAGACGUACCAGGACGUGGUAUUUUCCUUUGGCGUGGGAAUGCCCAAUGAAUCUGUCCGGGAUGGCCUCAUCCGGGCCAUUGUCUUUGCUUUCACCAGGGAGGGCAUCUAGAGAUCUUUUCCGCUGCUGCAAUCUGAAUAGGGGAAGGUGGGGCUACUUUGAGCUGUGAAGCUGCUUUGAUAUAGUUUUUUUUGCAGAUUUCUAAAGAAAGCUGAACCUACACUGUAAAAAAAGAGGGUGCGAUUAACACUUUUUAAGUGUAAAAAUAUAUCAACAUUUUUUAAUGUUAAUUUUACACCUUUUUAAAAAUUAACAUGAAAGAGGGUAACUUUAACCCAUAAUACACCUCAAAAGUGUAAUAUUUACACCAAUUUUUGAUUAAUAUUGCAGGGUGAAAUUAACAUUUCUGUAAUGUUAUUUUAACUUUUUCGGAUUUCCAUUAGAAAUCUGCGAAAAAAAAAUGUAUAUCAAUGUAACCAUAUCCCCUUUCUAAUUUUUAGACUUUUCAAAAUGCUGGUUUUUUGUGUGGAGUGGAAAACAAAAAAGAAAUUGUAAAAAUCUGACUCAAAAUUUUAAAUAAAUAUUUAUGAACUUUGUGAAA